AUGCAGCCAGUGGAUGUAGCUGAAUCGACAGCCUAUAAAGGUGUACGUGGGCCACAACCGAGUGCUGCAAUACCAGUAUCACCUGCAACAAUAGCUUAUGAAAUUGAUACCGGUCCUCCGUAUGAAGAUAUGACCACUGAGCACGUUGGUGAAACAGCAACUUUUCAGCUAACACCUAACUACGUUACCAGUAAACCUGACAACAAAGAAGACUUAAAUGAAGAAGGAGAAGGAAAAAUUGUGUACGUAGGCGACUAUGAUUAUGGAGAAGCAAGUGUCCGAAUGACUGAAGAUAUUCUGAACGAUCAGUUUCCCUGGAAGGCUAAGAGUGCAAACGCUGCAGUUGAGCGGGUUGUCGAACCAGUUACCGACAAUUUAAACGAAGAAACGGCACUGAAAACUGCAUCUGCUCCUUUUCUAAAUGCUCCUAAUUUAACGAAGCUGAUCCUGGAUGAGAAAAUACCAUACAGCUUAUUUAGACGAAAACCUGCAGCACGAAAUCAUCCAGGAGACAUUAGCGUAUGUGCUGCUUAG